CUGAGAAAAAUGGCAAGUGUGGAUAGUGAUUCUAGGCAUCUUAUUGCUGAAGGAGACCUUGAAGUAAAUCCUGGACCCAUGAAUAUCCAGUUUGAUUCAUCAGAUCUAAGAUCGAAAAGUGAGAAGUGAAUGCCUUGCCUUUGUGCAUCCCAUUUCAAAUGGAGGACAAGAAGUUAUUCUCUGCAAUGGCUGACUUCCAGAAUUUUUGCCUGAACGUUUUUUGUCAAGUAUAUAUUCCCUUCUUUAGGCCUUUCUAUAUAGAGCCUACAAACAUCGUCAAUGUGAAUGAUGUCAUUCAGAGGGUUAGUGACCAUGCCUCUGCUAUGAACAAGCGGAUUCAUUACUACAGCCGGCUCACCACCUCUGCAGACAAGGCACUGAUUGCUCCAGACCACGUAGUCCCAGCUCCAGAGGAAUGCUAUGUGUAUAGUCCUCUAGGCUCUGCCUACAAACUCCAGAGUUACACUGAAGGCUACGGUAAAAACACCAGCUUAGUAACUAUUUUUAUGAUUUGGAAUACCAUGAUGGGAACAUCUAUACUAAGUAUCCCUUGGGGCAUAAAACAGGCGGGGUUCACCACUGGGAUGUGUGUCAUCGUGCUCAUGGGCCUUUUGACACUCUAUUGCUGCUAUCGAGUGGUGAAGUCACGGAGUAAGAUAUGUUCAUCAGACACAGCUACCUGGGAAUACCCAGAUGUCUGCAAGCAUUAUUUUGGCUCCUUUGGGCAGUGGUCAAGCCUUCUUUUCUCUUUGGUAUCUCUCAUUGGAGCAAUGAUAGUGUACUGGGUGCUUAUGUCUAAUUUUCUUUUCAAUACUGGAGAGUUUAUCUUUAAUUUUAUUCAUCACAUUAAUGACACAGACCCUAUGCUAAGAACCAAUGACAGCAACCCUGUGAUUUGUCCAAGCGCUGGGAGUGGUGGCUGUCCUUCCAACAGCUCCACGAUUUCCUACAAUGACACAGAGGUCCAGCGGUUUGAAGUGUGGUGGAAUAAGUCCAGGACGGUGCCCUUCUACCUCAUAGGGCUCCUCUUGCCACUGCUCAACUUCAAGUCUCCCUCCUUCUUUUCCAAGUUUAACAUCCUAGGUACAGUAUCCGUCCUGUAUUUGAUUUUCCUUGUUACCUUGAAGGCUAUUCGCUUAGGAUUCCAUCUGGAAUUUCACUGGUUUGUGCCAACAGAAUUUUUUGUACCAGAGAUAAGAUUUGAGUUCCCACAGCUGACUGGAGUGCUCACUCUUGCUUUCUUUAUUCACAAUUGUAUUAUCACACUCUUGAAAAACAACAAGAACCAAGAAAAUAAUGUAAGAGACCUGUGCAUUGCUUAUAUGCUGGUAACACUGACUUAUCUCUAUAUUGGUUUCCUGGUUUUUGCCUCGUUUCCUUCACCUCCAUUAUCCAAAGAUUGUAUUGAACAGAACUUCUUAGACAACUUCCCUAGCAGUGAUGCCCUGUCCUUCAUUGCAAGGAUCUUCCUGCUGUUCCAGAUGGUGACCGUCUACCCACUCCUAGGCUACUUGGCUCGUGUCCAGCUCCUGGGCCACAUCUUCGGUGACGUUUAUCCUAGCAUUUUCCAUGUGCUGAUUCUUAAUUUAAUUAUUGUGGGAGCUGGAGUGACCAUGGCCUGUUUCUACCCAAACAUAGGAGGGAUCAUAAGGUACUCAGGAGCAGCUUGUGGCCUGGCCUUUGUGUUCAUAUACCCUUCCCUCAUCUACGUAAUUUCCCUCCACGAAGAAAAGCGGCUGACGUGGCCUAAAUUAGCCUUUCACGUUUUCAUCAUCAUUUUAGGCCUGGCAAACCUGAUUGCACAGUUUUUCAUGUGAAAACUGCUCUCUCAAGAUUCCUCAUGGUAUUCUGAGAAACUGGCAACGGUUCUGCAUAAAAGAACUUGAAAAUGC